CUCUGUCUGACUGCUCUGACUUCCUGCUCGCUCUCUCACACGGGCACACGCGCACACACACACACGCGCACACACACACACACACACACGCACACCCCCCCACCCCGGCCAAAAAAAAAAAAAGAAAGAAAAAAAGGGGGAAAAAAAUCAGGAUCUCAUUACAAGAGCAACAGAGCGUUUGCAGAAGACUGUCAGCAUGGAGAACCAGGGGAUUUUACCCAGCUCCCUCUAAACUACCAGGAGAGAGCGGAAAAGUCCCUCAGGCUCUGGGUAUGGAGAGUGCAAUCACACUGUGGCAGUUCCUUUUGCAGUUGCUGCUAGACCAGAAACAUGAGCACCUGAUUUGCUGGACGUCUAAUGAUGGCGAAUUCAAGCUACUCAAGGCAGAAGAAGUGGCUAAGCUGUGGGGACUCAGAAAAAACAAAACUAAUAUGAAUUAUGACAAGCUGAGCCGAGCGCUCAGAUACUAUUAUGACAAGAACAUCAUCAAGAAAGUGAUCGGACAAAAAUUUGUGUACAAGUUUGUCUCCUUUCCUGAGAUUUUAAAAAUGGAUCCACAUGCUGUGGAAAUCACCAGAGAGAGCCUUUUGCUGCAGGACAGCGACUGUAAGAUGCCUUCUGAGAGCAGGGACCAGCACAAGCACAGCUUGUCAGCACUGAAAAGCACAAGCCGUAAUGAAUAUAUCCACUCUGGCCUGUACUCCUCUUUCACUAUCAACUCUCUGCAGAACCAGCCAGACCCUUACAAGCCAAUCAAAACAGAAAAACUGGAGGAGAAGUCAGAAGGAAACACACCGGUCGAAGAAGUUCGGACUGUUAUAAGAUUUGUGACAAACAAAACAGACAAACAAGUUAUGAGGCCCAUGGUGUCAUUGCCUUCCACUUCCGAAACAGCAGCUGCCUCUGCUUUUCUCAGCUCGUCAGUAUCAGCUAAAAUAUCUUCCUUAAUGCUACCCAACAGUGCCAGCAUUUCAUCUCCAUCGUCAUCUUCCUCCAGGUCGCCGUCUCUGUCUCCCACCUCACCCCUCCCUGCAGAACACAGGAGCCUCUUCCUUGAGUCCAGUUGCCACGACUCAGAUUCCCUUGAGCCUCUGAACCUCUCCUCAGGCUCCAAGGCAAAAUCUCCAUCUCUUCCCCCAAAGGCUAAAAAACCCAAAGGCUUGGAAAUCUCCGCCCCACCUAUGGUUCUCUCCAGCACCGACAUCGGUUCCAUUGCCCUCAACAGCCCCGCGCUUCCUUCAGGAUCCCUGACUCCAGCUUUCUUCACUGCACAGACCCCAAAUGGAUUAUUGCUGACCCCAAGCCCGCUGCUGUCUAGCAUUCAUUUCUGGAGCAGCCUCAGUCCUGUUGCUCCUCUGAGUCCUGCCAGGCUGCAGGGACCAAACACUCUGUUCCAGUUUCCAACUCUGCUAAAUGGUCACAUACCAGUGCCACUGCCCAGCCUGGACGGAGCCUCUUCGCCCGUACUGCUUUCUCCAAAUGCUCAGAAAUCCUGAUGACGCCUCAUCACGCCAAGGACUUAUUGGUGGAUUUAACACUUCAUUCCUAUGGGCUAGUUUUUCCUGUGUCAUGAGAAGGACAUUGUGAAACCCUCUAUUACUUUGGUUUGCACUUUUCAUUACAUGGAUAAUCUACUUUUAUUAUGUUAGCAUUUUUAA